AUGGCGCGAGAGACCAUGCUUGCACUCCGUUUACACGGACGACAGGACAUAAAACUUGACACGGUUCCCAUUCCGAACUGCCUACCCAACCAGGUCCGAGUCCGCGUGGCCUACUGCGGAAUCUGUGGCUCGGAUAUACACGAGUACGAGGCAGGGCCUAUUCUCGCCCCUCAAGCGCAGGAGACAAACCCCCACUCUGGCGCAAGGCUUCCCGUGAUCCUUGGGCAUGAAAUGUCCGGCACCGUUGUUGAAGUCGGGCCAGAUGUAGAGGGUAUCCGCAUUGGGCAGAAAGUGGUCGUGAACCCAUUGCUGGCGGACUCGCAGAUCCAAGCCCAGGCAUGCUUUUCUUGUCUGCGGGGGUCCUUUAACACUUGCAAACGGUCUACAUACUACGGAAUCAACGCGCCGGGUGGUGGAUUCUCUAGUGAGAUUUGUGUCAGUGCAGCUAAUGUCGUUCCUGUUCCUGAGACUGUCUCGCUGAGGGCUGCUGCUCUUGCGGAACCUUUGGCUGUAGCUUGCCAUAUGAUCGAGCGGUCUGGUUUCACGGCCGGUGACAAUGUGUUGAUUCUUGGUGCGGGGCCAAUUGGGUUGGCUCUACUGAUGCUUCUACGCUCGAAGGGGGCGAAGAGGGUUCUGGUGAGCGAGGUGUCUGAGCUGCGAAUCAGCCACGCCAGGCGUCUUGGGGCGGACCUCGUCAUAGACCCUCUAAAGGGUGGGAAGGAUUCCAAUCCUGUCCUCAAGGCAGUUUAUGACUUGACAGACGAGGGCGUCGAGAUUGCCUUUGACGCAUCUGGCCUGCAGACUACUCUUGACACCGCCAUCGCGUCGGUCAGACCGGGGGGGACUAUUUUCAAUGUUGCGAUUCAUGAGAAGCCAUUGAGUCUCGAUCUCAAUGCUUUAUCCCUGCAGGAGAAACGGUUGACUGGUGGGAUUUGCUACCUGAAAAGGGACUUUGAAGAGGUUCUGGCUCUCCAGGAAUCAGGAAGACUUCCAGCAGAAGAGAUGAUUACGUCUGUUGUGCCACUCUCGGGCGUCAUUGAGGGGGGGUUUCAGGAACUGAUGGUCCAUAAAGCGAAGCAUGUCAAGAUUCUCAUUCAGCCGGGCGUUUAA